GUGUGCAUGGUGUUCCACGUUGAAGUUGUGCAAAAAUGCCUGCUGGAGUGUCAUGGACUCGUUACCUGAGGAUGUACGGAGCAUGUAUAUUGGCCAUGUUUGCCGGGGCACAGGCGGUCCACCAGUACUACCUACCAGACCUGAGUAUACCAGAGGUCCCCCCAAAACCUGGUGAGCUAAAGACAGAAUUACUGGGCUUCAAAGUCAGAGAAGCAGCCGCACAGCAGCAGAUGAAAGAAGAACCCAAGACGAACUAAUCUGGAGAUCAUUUAUAAUGGAAAUAUUCUCAGGACAAUGGACAAUAUACUUUAUUAGAGUCAUCGGCGAGGUGGAGGAAGACGGUGCAUCAUCUCCUGCUCAUCGGAUAAGCAUUGUAGAAAAUUGUGUUUGUUUCAAAAUGUAGAUAAAAUACAAUAAAUAAAUCAAUGGCAUUUUUUUAUUAUGCUAGUAAUUAAUUGUUGAAUUUUGUCACUCCCCAUAUAUGUAUAAAAUAAAGUUUUUAUUGUUUUGA